UAUAAUUUUUUGUUGGUCCUGGACCAUCGAGCAAAUGGCUGCCCAGCCUUUCGGGUUCUUCAUAGCUGGCUUCGAGACUUCUUCGAGUACAAUUUCCUACUGUUUGUAUGAACUGGCCCAGCAUCCCGAUAUUCAAAGCCGCGUUAGAGAGAAAAUCGAAACGGUUCUCCAAAAUGUGGAAGGAGGCGGGAUAACAUGCGAUGCUUUGGCACAGAUGAGCAUCCUAGAAAGAGUCUUACCAGGGCAGGCAACAAUGAACCAGUUGAACAUAAGUCUCCCAAAGGACUAUAAAAUGCACCAGAUUAAUCCACAUAUGCAUAUUGCUUAGAGAACCACUAACUGGAACCAGCGAUACUAGUGAUGCUGUCCAUCCCUGUGGAAAUUAAAUGGCGAGAACGUCAAAUUUUGACAGCGACAACGUCAAAUAUUAACAGCUGACAACGUCAAACUUUGCCAGCUGUCAACUCGCCAAUUUUCAUUGGUUAUAAAUAUUCCAGCCAAUGAGAAGGAAGAGGGGAGAACAAAUUUGUCCUCCACAGUGGUUGAGACACAGUUGAAACUUGAACUAAAAUAUAUUAUUAGGGAAUUUCAAAUUAAAUGAAGUAAAUAAAAAUUAAAUAAU